UCAAACCAUGGUGAGGUGUGAACAUACAGCAUAGCACAGUAGAUCAUGAUUAAUCACUGAAGAGAGUACUGUCUCUGAGUCUGUGACAGAGCUGAGUGUCAGGUAAGAUCAGCUGACAGCAGGAACUCCUAACAAGGACACACCCUAGCAAGGACAAAGAGAGGGAGGGAGAGAGAGAGAGGGAGAGAAGGAACAAGGUAUCCAGUUGCAUUAGAAUCAGAAUAGUGUAAAAGAAAGUGUCUUGGUUUUCCAAAUCCUAUAAGGAAGUAAGCAAAUGACCAGUGAAUAUCAAAUAUCUUCGGUGUUGAAGACAAAGCAACUGUGCAGGAUAAUCACAGAGAGGGAUAAGAAGAGAAGGAACGCAGGUGCGCACUUACAUUAAAAGAGAGAAGAGAGAGAGACGGCUGCGGAGUUUUGGACGCUGCAUUCCUUUAAUUCCCAGAUUGCUGCCUCUCAGUGCAGCAACUAAAGCAUGAGGGCUAAUAACUUGGUUGCUGAAGACAGCACUAUACCUUUAAACUCAAGACAGCCAGGUGUAGUAAAACGAGGCAGGUUCAGAAAGCCCAUGCAAGCCACAAAGCCCCCGAGGAGCACAUGGGCAUUGAGGAAACGGCUCCUCAUUAGCAUCCUCUGUGUCGUGGUUAUUUUAGCCAUCCUGGUAGUAGCUGGAUAUUUAAUUGCCCAACUCAUUAAAAGUAAGUACUUCUUCUGCUCCAAGUCCGUGAAGUUCCUUCCCCUGGAACAAGCCUGCGAUGGCAAAGCGGACUGUGCAGAAGGAGAGGACGAGUCUUCAUGUGUCUCCCGAUUCACAAGCAACUUGACAUUUCCUGUUCGUUUGGCCUCAAAUCUCUCCGUGCUUCAGAUUUAUAAUGCUGCUGAAAACAAGUGGCGGAGUGUGUGUGCAGACAGCUGGACUGUGACACACACUGAAACUGUGUGUCAGCAGUUAGGAUACACAGUUAAACCUUCGUACACUACAGUAUCACUGACUGAUCUGCCAUCGGAUCUGAAGAAGGUGUUUUGUGUCGUGGGACCAGACGAAACGAAGCCAGUUUCCUGCAGUGCAUCAAUUCAAACUACAUGCAGCUCAGGUUCAGUAGUUUCCUUAUCCUGCUCAGACUGUGGGCCAAAGGGAUCUGAGAGCAGAAUUGUAGGAGGGCAGAGUGCACUUAUUGAGCAGUGGCCGUGGCAGGUGAGCCUGCAGCAGAACGGUCAACAUACCUGUGGAGGCUCUCUGGUGUCUCCACAAUGGAUCCUCACAGCAGCCCACUGCUUCACAGGCAGCAAGGCAGAGGUGAGCAGGUGGUGGGUGGUGGCAGGCAGUACGUACAUAACAACACUCGGAGGCUCUGCUGUGGAUCAGAUCAUUAUGCAUGGAGACUACAAUUCAGCACACAAUGACUAUGACUUGGCAAUGAUGAGACUCACAAAGCCAUUCACUCUAGGAGUGUCUGUGAAACCUGUGUGUCUCCCACCUCAAAAUCUGGGUCUCAGAGCAGGAAGCCCACUGGUGGUAACUGGCUGGGGUCAUCUGGAGGAAAAUGGCCAGCUUUCGUCAAACCUUCAGGAGGCCAGUAUUCCUCUGAUCGACCGUGCUCAGUGUUCCAGUCCUGCAGUUUAUGGUGCUAGCAUCACUCAGAGGAUGAUCUGUGCAGGGUAUCUACAGGGCAAAGUGGAUGCAUGCCAGGGUGACAGUGGAGGUCCUCUGGUGUAUCUUCAGCAACACUGGAUGUUGGUGGGUGUGGUGAGCUGGGGUGUAGGCUGUGGAAGACCAGACCUACCUGGUGUUUACUCUAAUGUGGAUCAGAUGCUAAACUGGGUCUAUACAGUCAUGCAGAAAACUUGAGGCAAAGUCAACAAGAGGACAUCGGUAUAUUAGUACAAACACAAACAUCAGUGCAAUGCAAACGAUACAGUCACUGUUAAAUCUAAGUGAACUCUGGGACUUACCUGAGCAGAUGUCAUUGAUAAUUCCACAAAUGAUACCAUGAUGAAUCAGAUGCAGAUACAAAUUCAGAAAUGAAUCUUCGCUUCCUAACUGGUGCAGUCACCUUCUCAGGGAUCAUUUUAAUUUAAGAUGCAGUUGUGCCUUGCAAUAGCCUGAAACAAUGUUAACAAUGAACUUGAACAAUGUUAGCUUUAUACUGACCAAAUUCACUAUGCCAAAUACUUUUAACAGCAAACGGGAUCAAUUCUGAUCUAUAGAAACCUUAUUAUAAGUUAUUGUUUAAUUUUUUCACUCACCUUUACUGAGUUUCUUUAUUUGCACGUUUAAUAGCAUUAAUAAGUGAAGUGUUGGGAUCUGAUACUUCGGAGUAUUUGGAUGUCAUUAUUUCACAUGUUGGAUGAGCCAAAAAAAGUUAAUGCAUUUUUAAUAGUUAACAUUUUCUAAUGAUUAAUAAUAUGAUUAUUUAUAUUUUUUUAAAAAAAGUUUUUUUAAAGUUAACAAAAACUUUCUUCCUGCUUACCAAAAUGAGAUGAAACUUGAAUUGUGUUCACUUUGUUCUGGCUCACGCAUUCAUGUGAUGUGUGAUGUGAUGAAUAUUCCUCUUUUCUUUUCUUUUUUUUACUGUAUUUAUUGUAAAAUAGUUGUCUAAUGUUGUUAUUCCUGCUGUUUUGUACAUGUGUAAGAAGUGAUAUGUAAAUAAUGUACUCAAUAAAUUAUGGAAUU